AUGAAGACCGUUGUAUUGGCACUCGUCUUGAUCAAUCUAGUCUGUAAUAAUGCUUUCAUUCAAAGUGAUUUGACAGUUCAAAUUGAUUCAGGAAAAAUCAAAGGGAACAUUACACCUAUCAAUAGUAAUCAAUCAUGCUUUACUUUUCUUGGCAUACCCUAUGCUCAACCGCCAGUCAGAAAUUUUCGAUUUUAUCGCCCUGUACAACCUACCAAAUGGACAGGAAUACGCCAAGCUACGACUACACCAAAGUUAUGUUAUCACAGUAUUGCAGAUUCUUCAACUUCAACCAAAAGUGAAGACUGUCUUUACUUGAAUAUUUACGUACCAGCAAAUCAAUCGUCAAAUAAUCCUUUACCUGUUCUUGUUUGGCUUCAUGGUGAUUCUCCAUCCUCGAUGAAUACGGAGUUAUUCAAUGGUCAAGCUUUCGCCGUCACUGGCAAAUUGAUUGUUGUGACCUUCGAUUUUCGUCAAGGAGUUUUAGGCUAUUUAACAGGGACUGAUACCAUGGGUCGAUCGAUCAUUACACCUAAUUUAGGCAUCUUAGAUCAGGUCAUGGCCUUACAGUGGAUUCAAAAGAAUAUUGCCAAUUUUGGUGGUAACCCUAGGCGAGUCACUUUAGCUGGUACAUCCACUGGUGCCUUCUCAAUUGGUUUACAAUUUCUAAAUUCAACACAACAACAUGGCUUAUAUCAACGCAUUGCCUUGGUCAGUGGAUCUCCACUCAUGCCACGUAUGUAUUAUUCGAAUUUAAAUGCAACCAAUAAAUCUAUGCAACAAUUCCUCAAAAAAUCUCAUUGUAGUGUACAAACGACCGCAAAAUCGAUCCUAUCCUGUUUACGCAAUUUACCUAUUGCAAACAUUUUAUCUGUUCAAUCAUCUUUAACUCCUUCAACAUACGAUAACAUGUUUAAAGCUGUUAUCGAUGGAAAUAUUAUUCAAACUGAUCCUGUAGUGGCUUUAAACAAUAAUCAAUUUAAUCGUCAGGUUCAGGUUAUGGCAAGUGUGGCCAAUCCUGUUUCUGGUUCGAGUAGUGGAAUUCAACGACAGCAAUUUAUAACUCAACUUGAUUGGUUAUUCAGUUACACUAAUCUUGUUGCAAGAUCUGCCAUUGAAAAUCGCUAUACAGAUUGGAAUAACGAAUCAUCCCCUGUCACUAAUCAGCAACAAUUAUCAUACUUAUAUUCCGAUUACAUCGUUACAGCUCCACUGGUUUCUACAUUGAAGAAGUUUGCUGCUCAAGGAAUUUCAUCAAACCCAGUCUCAAAUAAUCCCGUCGUAUGGCCAAAGUACAAUUCCAAUACUGGAAAUUAUCUAAAAGUAGCAUUAGCUCCACAGGUCUACAGCUCACCACGAGCAAACUAUGUUGCAUUUUGGAAUCAAUUCUGGCCACAAUUAACAAAGCAACCGAAAUGGAGACUGAUCAUUGCUCAAUUUUAUCUGCAAUUUUCAGCGUAA